CUUGUUAUUUUACCAACUAACACAUAGAUGGAAGUAGUAGUAUUGUCAUCUUUUACACUUUUUUGUCAGUGUAACAUCAACAUUUCUAAAGAUAUUUCUGUGAAGACAUAAGCAUGCUCUUAAGGCUCAUCAGAUGAGUUGAAUCAGGUUGACUGUCGGCAGCCUGUUAUUCUCCAUUUUUGAUUUCAACUUGCUAAUGGGGAUGGAAUGUCCAUAGUGCACCUCUAGGAUUUUGUGCUUCCAGGAAUAUAUCAAACACACAAACCAACAACAAAACCCACUUUUCCCUCCAAGUCCCCUUUUGCACCAGGAGGAAAGCAGGCAGCCUGAGGACACCUCUGACAGCCCAACAGAAAGCCUUCAGUGCCCGCUGGACGGGCGUGCGGCCCGUGCUGUGUCUGAAGUUGAUGUUGCCUCUGCAGGUGUUGGUCUUUGCAAGUGAGCAGUGGAAUAUUUGACCAGGCUUUGCAUUUUCAGUACUUGGAAAAUUUGACUGAGUGUGUUAUUGCCUCCUAAGUGCAUUUUGGAAAAAAUCUGUUUGUGUUUAAAAAUGUAAAACUUGGCCCUUUUGGUCCUUGAGAUUUUUCUUUAGGUCACAGAAGCAACACUACUACUCUAUUUAAGCACUGAAAUCUUGAGAAAAUUGAAGCAGUUACAUGUUGACAGGAUAUUCCUUUGCCAAAAAUAUUUGAUGAGUCAAGUCCUUAAAAUUCUUUUUAUUCAGACCAUGAUACUGUCAGCUCUUGCUUAAUAGCAAGCUUUUGCUUAAUGUUCUGCAUGGAACUAACUGCACUGAAGUCAUUGCAGCUAGUUUUUUUUAGUGACCAUAUCCCUAAGCAGCUCUUUGGAUUUUUUUGUCAAUAGUGAUUUAGUGGACCCAAAAAGAGCACUUGGUAGCAAAACUUCAAGGACUCUCUUAGCAUUUACCAUAAAGUUUUGAAUUAUCCCAGACUACUUGAACUCUUUUGUCACUUUAUCUGUUAAUUUGUCUUCUGGGCUGGGUUCAUGAAAUCAUUUGUAAAUGUAGUUAUCUAGUAGGUGUCAGUUCUGAUAAAGAAUAUAAGAUGUUCUAAACCAGCAGACCUGAGUACACACACCUCCCCAAGUUACCCUUGUUCAACCAACAGCCAUACCAGAUUGUCCUCCCUUUUGCAUUAGUAAGGAAAUAACUAAAAGUAGUCUCCCAUUUAAUACAAGAAACUUCAAAUGUCUUAACUACCAAUACAUAAAAAUUUCUACAACUAAUUUCUAUAUAUAAUAGGUAAUAGAAAAAAAUGUAAACCUCUUAGCAAGAUUUGCACUUGGUAGUAUUUCAGUGUCAAAAGUAUAGGUGCAAAGCCAGGGAUGCUUUUAUACUGCUUGCUUGCCUCAGAAUCAUCUAAUUCAAAAGCCAUCCUGUAGCACAACAAAUAAAGCUUGGGCUUACCGUGCCCUUUGGUGUGGCUUCUGUAAAGGAAGCAGAAUUUUCAUUUUAACUUUAGUUUCAGAGAUUGCCAUCAAUUGUGGCAAAUUUAAAAUAAAUCUACAGAAUCCUUGUAAAACUGCUUUUUAAAACAGUGCAAAAAGUCUUAGAUGCUUUCUUAGAUGUUUACGUAGCAUAGAUAGUUCUUAUUUGGCCUCUUGUGGUUUUUUUCACAUGGGCCAGUUAUUUUGGUUGUUGGAAAAUGAUUGGGCAAUGAAUUUUAUUUUCGAGUUAAAUGUAACUGCCACUAUGAAAGAUAAAGACAAGGAUGUUGCUUCUGUUACCUGACUGUGGAGAUGGGCAAGUUGCUUUCAAAAGAAUUAACCCUGAGGCUUAGUGGAUAUUGCCCUUUCUGUUGCUGUCUUCCCUUGGGGGAAUAGAGGUUUUCUUAGCAGUGGAUUUUUUGUUUCUUUAAAUGUUUGCAUUGUGAGUUCCAGUCUCUGUCUCAGGAUGGUGCAGUAAGGAAUUGGAUGUUCAUGCACAGCGGCCAGAGCAGCAGAGCUGAUUUGGUGUGAACAGGCUUGUUUGCUGUUUCUUUGAGGAAGAAAGGUCCUCGACACUUCUCUGGUGUCAGCCAGUUGGGGGGCAGUGCCGUGGAAUACCCCAGAAUGUGGCUUGAAUUCAUUAGUAUGUUGAAGGGGUUAGCUCUGGUUUAUUGGUCAACAAAAUAAAAUACUUAAGGACCCAAUUUAGUAAUCUGAAGUUCCAUCAUGCAAACAGAAGAACUGCUUCUUCACCCUGUAGAAGAAUUGUUACUCUUGUUUUCAUUAAGUGCUGACUUCGGCAUUGCCUGGUUAAAUUGUGGCUUUACUUAGUCAUUCAAGACAUGGCUACUUUAAAGCGAUUGGAAGAGCUGGGCAGGCAAAUGGAGCUGACUUAUGGAUUGGACUGUGUGCUGGGAUAUGAUGCUUAGCUGAACGUGAGUUACUGGGAGAUAGUUACUGAUUGUAGUUGGUCAGAGCUUUGGUAAUGGCCAGGAGUCUUUGAUGCGUGACCUUGUGGUGUUGCAAUUGGACAUCUGGUUGGACUUGAUCAUUAAAGGUCUUUUCCAACUUAAACAGUUCUGUGAUUCUAUGAUCUGGUUCGUCCUUGAUUUCAAGUGCUUAGUUAACACCAUUCCUAUGUGACUAAUGGGAGCCUUGGAGAUCUUCCAUAAACUACUGAACCGGCUUGUACUUAGGAAGUUGAGAAGUUUCAGAGAUGAAGUGGCUCAGGUGAAACAAGGUGCUACUGCUGACGGUUUAGGCUGAGAGACUUCUGAACUGGUGAACCCUGCUAAUAUAAAUAUAAUGCUUUCAGCCUGCACGGAAAGUUUGUCUAGAAAAAGUGACAAUUGUCUAGUAUCCUGUUUGUCUUCAACUUCUGAUAUGACCUCAGGCUUCUGUGGAAUUUGUACAAGGUAACUGUCCAGAUCUUGCUGUUAAGCAUUGAUCUUAAGCUUCCACUAACGUCAGCUGCAGAGGUAAAAGUCAUUUUCUUGUGCCUGAGACAGAAGGUGUCAUGUGCUAGACAGAAUUCUGUCUGCAACUACUGAAAAAAUUAGACCUUGUUUUUGGAAGCUGUAAAGGCCAAAUAUCUAGUCAGGAUAUGCAUAGAUUUAAUCUAAUUUAGGUGAGGUGUGUAUAGUCUCAAAAUGGCUGGGGCUAGUUUAUAACAGUUAGCAAGCUACAGGUCCCCUGGACCCUUUUCCUUUGCUAGGAAUCAAACAUCAGGUCCGUAGGAUACAGUCAGGAUGUCUUGUAUGUCUCACUGUUCCUAGUUGUCCAUAUUGGGAUUUUGUUCAUAACCAGCCUGAUCUUACAUUUCUAGUUGUUUUCACUUGGCAGGAGAUAAAAUCCCUCCCCAAAUGAAAGGGAGCUGUUUCUUUCCCAUAGCUGUGCAGAAUUUUGCAGUCACUUUGUCAGGUGUGUGUGGUUUCAGCGCAGCAUGGCUGUGGUCAUCCGCUUGCAAGGUCUCCCGAUUGUGGCGGGGACCAUGGACAUUCGCCACUUCUUCUCUGGAUUGACCAUUCCCGAUGGGGGCGUGCAUAUUGUAGGGGGUGAACUGGGUGAGGCUUUCAUCGUUUUUGCCACUGAUGAAGAUGCAAGGCUUGGUAUGAUGCGCACAGGUGGUACCAUUAAAGGGUCAAAAGUAACGCUGUUGCUGAGCAGUAAAACUGAAAUGCAGAACAUGAUAGAACUCAGUCGUAGGCGUUUCGAAACUGCCAAUCUAGAUAUGCCACCAGCAAACGCGAGCAGGUCGGGACCACCACCUAGUUCUGGAAUGAGUGGCAGGGUUAACUUACCUACUACUGUACCUAACUUUAAUAAUCCUUCUCCUAGUAUAGUAACUGCUUCUACUACAGUGCACGAGAGCAAUAAAAACAUAUCCACAUUUUCUACUGCCAGUAUGGGGAGUGCACCUCCAAAUAUUGGGAGUACCUUUGGUAGUCCAACAUUUAGCUCAACUAUACCUAGCACAGCAUCCCCAAUGAACACAGUACCUCCUCCACCAAUCCCUCCUAUCCCAGCUAUGCCAUCUUUGCCACCUAUGCCUUCUAUUCCCCCCAUACCUGUUCCACCUCCUGUACCCACACUGCCUCCUGUUCCUCCAGUUCCUCCGAUUCCCCCCGUGCCCCCUGUACCUCCAAUGACACCUCUGCCUCCCAUAUCAGGAAUGCCUCCUAUGAAUCCUCCACCUGUAGCACCCUUACCCACUGGAAUGAAUGGGUCUGGAGCAGCAGUGAAUAUGAACAGCGGCUUGAAUCCAUUGUUUAUUGGUCCCAUGAAUCCUGUAAAUCCUAUCCAGAUGAAUUCUCAAGGUAGUGUCAAGCCAAUUCCAAUCAAUCCUGAUGAUUUGUAUGUCAGCGUUCAUGGAAUGCCCUUUUCUGCAACAGAAUCUGAUGUGAAAGACUUUUUCCUUGGGCUCCGUGUGGAUGCAAUCCAUAUGCUGAAGGAUCAUGUAGGUCGAAAUAAUGGAAAUGGACUAGUUAAGUUUUUUUCUCCUCAAGAUACAUUUGAAGCACUGAAGCGAAACAGAAUGCUGAUGAUUCAGCGCUAUGUUGAAGUUAGUCCUGCAACAGAGAGACAGUGGGUGGCUGCUGGAGGCCACAUAACUUUCAAGCAAACCAUGGGUCCCUCUGGGCAGGCACAUCCUCCUCCCCAGGCUCAUCCUAGGUCCAAAUCUCCCAGUGGGCAGAAAAGGUCACGGUCGAGAUCUCCCCACGAGCACGGUUUCUGUGUUUAUUUGAAAGGUCUCCUUGAAUCAGAGAACAAACAUGUGAUAGAUUUUUUUAAAAAGCUGGAUAUAGUUGAAGACAGCAUUUAUAUAGCUUAUGGACCUAAUGGGAAGGCAAUCGGAGAGGGGUUUGUUGAGUUCAGAAAUGAAGCUGAUUAUAAAGCGGCUUUGUGUCAUCAUAAGCAGUACAUAGGGAAUCGCUUUAUUCAGGUUCAUCCAAUUACUAAAAAGGCAAUGUUAGAAAAGAUAGAUAUGAUUCGUAAACGAUUGCAGAACUUCAGCUAUGACCAGAGAGAAAUCCUGAUGAGCGAGGGAGAACCAGGCCUGCCAAAAUUGUGUGCACAUAUAUCUAAUAUUCCAUACAACAUAACAAAAAUGGAAAUCCUUCAGUUUCUAGAGGGACUGGCAGUAGAAGAAAACUCUGUACAAAUUCUUGUUGAUAAUAAUGGGCAAGGUUUAGGACAAGCACUGGUUCAGUUUAAAGCUGAAGAUGAUGCUCGUAAGGCAGAGCGUUUGCAUCGUAAAAAACUGAAUGGAAGAGAUGUUAAUUUGCGUUUGAUAACUGUAGAAGAAAUGAGAGAUAUUGAGAGAAACCCACCAUCUCAAGGGAAAAGAUCUGAAAUCCCGAUCCAAGGAAACGCGGCUGUGCCGGGAGCGCCGGGCCCUGGUGGGGAUGAGCAUGCCUUCCUGGGGGGAAAUGCUAAAGAAGCAAACAAUGGUCCUCCCUUCAACUUCCCUGGUAACUUCAGUGGGUCUGGCACAUUCGGUCCCCCUCUGCCACCUCCCGGAAUAGGUGGCUUUCCUGACUCUAGACCAGGAAUACCUGCAGUUGCAGCUAGUAGUUUACCUGGUGCAGGUAUUGAGGUGCCAGCUUUUGCAGGUGGUCCUGCUAAUUUGAGUGGGCCGGCAGGUUUUGCAGGGGGUCCUCAGGCGUUUGGUAAUGGUCCUGGCAAUUUAAGUGGGCCCCCUGCCUUUGGUGCUGGUCCUCCAGGAAUUGCUGGUGGUCUUGGACAUUUAGGUGGACCUCCAGGGUUUGGACCCGGACCAGGAAACAUACAUAUUAGUGGACCCCCAGGUUUUGGAACAGGCUCUGGGAAGCCAGGGCCAACUGUCAUCAAAGUGCAAAAUAUGCCCUUUACGGUUUCGGUUGAUGAAAUUUUGGAUUUUUUUUAUGGUUACCAAGUGAUCCCUGGUUCAGUAUGCUUAAAAUACAAUGAGAAGGGCAUGCCCACUGGAGAAGCAAUGGUUGCAUUUGAAUCUCGUGAUGAAGCUAUGGCAGCUGUUGUUGAUUUAAAUGACAGACCUAUAGGCUCCAGAAAAGUAAAACUUGUUUUAGGGUAGCUGUUCAUCUGAAGUAGUUGUAGAAUAGAUAUUCGUAGUGCUGUGAUAAAUGCAUCUGGAUUGGUUUUUAUAGUAUUUCCAGGAUAGAACCUGUGGAUUGUUUAAAUUGUACAACAGAUUGGUUUUGAUAAGACAGAGCACUGGGUUAGCCAUGACAUGACAAACACUGUGAGGAGAGAUGUGCAGUGGAUUUUCCCCAUGCAAAUAUGCGGAGAAACUGGACAGAUUCUUAUUCAACAUAGAAGUUUGGUGAACUCUCCUGGACACAGUGCUUAUUGGAACCCGGGAUGGGUUUGACAUAGUUUUGGAUAAGGGAAAUAGGUGAAGUCAGUGAAGCUCUUCAGUGGGUGCUCUUGUAAGCCAUUGUAAAAUAGAUAGCUAUUUCUAGAUUUGGUUAAAAGCUGGCUGAAUUUGCUUUGUUUACAGGUCAAAGCUUUGUUUAAAGUCCUGAUUUUAUUCUGCAACUGAAUUCUCAGUGUACACAGAUUAAUUGUUUUGUCUAUGUAUCUUUAUUUUUUCCAAGAUUUUCACUGUAUGAACAGUUGAAUUAUGCCCUUUGCUGAUGUGUCUACCAAACUAAUUCCUAUGAGUAUGAGCAGAAUCGUUCUGUAAAAUUCAAGCUGUUCUUUGUGGUAUAACCUUUAGUUAUUUAUAUAUUGCAAUUAUAACUGUGCAGAAUAAGACUUUUGCCACAAGUAUAGCUAACCUCAAACAUAAAUCAUAUGAGUUUUAUAGUACACUUAAAACAUUUCCAGUUGAAAAUAAUCAUUAUUGUUUAAGUAGCUUGAUUUGUUAGGAUCAUACGAAUCAGUUGGGAAGGGAUCUUUGACACUAGUUGGAUAUUGAUGUUGUAUUUCUCAUGUGUCUCUUGAACUCCUAACAUAGCGUCUCUGUUAAGAGAACCAAAGUGGUGAUUAUUAGUUGAAGAUUGGAGUCCAGAUAAAGUUUUCAAUUAGGUUAUAAUGAAGGAAACUUUUAUCUUCAGCAACUCUGUUGUGAAUUACUGCUGUGGGUGAAUUCAGAGAUAAAAUUUAUUUUUCUCCAAAACUUGAAAAUACUGAGUUUACUAUAUAUUUUUGCAAUAAAGUUGUGCUGUUGUAUUCAAAGUCUGUAAAGAGUUGCCAUUUUCUUUGUUGUGCAGUGAAGCCUUCCAUGGAAAAACAGAGAAAUGGAAAGGGAGUAAUUACUCAAGUAAAAAGUAGAAUUUCUUUGGUUCAUCCUUGCUUGGCUUAUGAUAAAUUUUAAGACUUGGGUAUUGCCUGGAAAAAAUCCUGCUAUUCCCUGCAAAUCAUUGUACUUAAACAUAGUAAAGUUUAAACUGUUUUGGUUUUUUUUUGACAAAGAAAAACAGUGCCUUUUGGUGUUGCAUAUCAUGGAACACUGAAGUGUAUGGGCAGGCAAAAUUGAGAGGUGCAAGUGGCAACAGUUUUAUUCAUGUGGUGUGUAGGAGAGAUUUGCAAACCUGUGCAGCGCUGCAUCCCGAGAGGAUUUCCCAGUACAGGAAUCUGUGGAAGGAUUGUAUAAAGGUGUACUUCAAUAAAGAGGCGGUUGCAUUACACAGAUGCUUCUGUAAUUCAUUAGCAUAAUUUUCUUUUGACAGAUUACUAGGUGGUCCCACCUUCUGAAAAGUCAUGUGAUUUGUAUAUACUGUUUAAAAUUAAGCCUCCUGUUAAUAAAACUGUCUGUCUCUGAAGCUCCAUGUUAUGCGUUUCAACAGUCUUUGGGAGUAAUGUUUCAACAGCAGAUCUUUGUUUCUUUUUUUUUUUCCCCCCAAAAGUCUGAAAGUACUCUUGCUGAUGUCAGAAAGAUGUGUGAUUAGGAGUCAAGUCUUUCAGUUUCUUUUUAAAAUUUUGCUCUUUGUUUUUUAAGCAACUUUUAUUAAAGUUUCAUACUAUAUUGGAGUUAUUUGGGUGCUUGUUUUUUCAUGUUUCACAUUAGAAUAAAAUUACUGAAAAGGAAAA